GAGGAGGGCACACACAGAGCUGGGGGAAGGGAGCUGAGCUUUCUUUGUUUGAAUACAGACUGGGGAAAAGAGAGACAGAGUGUGAGAGAGAGAGAAAAGAAGAGAGAGACAAACAGUUGGCCCUGUAACCUGGGCCGGGAGGGGGAGUCUCAGCCACAUUGGGAUUAUCUGUCGCUGCUGGGAAUGAGGAGGGAGCUGCAUGUUUGUAUUACUCACUGGGACCCACCGAAGUGCCCCCAACCAGUGUGAACUCCCCAACCCUCGUGACCCAAAUCCUACAAGAAGAAACCAUUGCAGGAGGCUGAGAAGUCUGAGGAGAUACCAUCCACCUUGUACAAGGAGCUCUCAGCCUACAAGGUCCAUGGUGGCAGGAGAAAGAGGGGCUAAGCGAGUAAUGCCCUGCGGCACAUCCCAGCCGUGAGGAAAAGACUCGAUCAUCUGCAGGGAACCCGUAUGUGUGUGUGUGCAGCAGGGAUUUAACCAUCGCGCUGCCGCCUCUCCUCUGAACCCCAGCUCUUCUGUUGGUCAGACACAUCAUGCUGCUCCAUCAGCGCUUGUACGUUGAUCUCUGAAACUCCCUGCACUGAAACGGCUGGAUGUAUCGCUCACAGGAUCAGUUUGGCUCUCGCUUUCCCCGAGAUCCCUUCAUCAGUGGAGUGAACCCAACAUGGAGCCCUCCCCACCCCAGGCCGUGGGCCCCCGUGGGCAGAUGUUCUUCAAACAUGAAUCCACCUCAGCUGCCCCCUUACCUGCCCUCUGGUCAUGUGACUAACCAUCCCAGCAAACCUUAUUAUCCAAUCAGCUCCCCCCCUGGCCCCCGCAUAGGCAAGUUAGAGCGGGUGCACUCGUGUGUGCAAGCUCUGCUGAGGGACGAGCAACAGCCAUCUAUUUGGGAGCAGCUGGGUCAGAUCUAUGAGUCGGAACAGGACUGGGAGGAGGCCAUACGCUGCUAUCAGUCAGCUGCUCGAUAUCAUGGCGGCUACGAGCUCAGCGCCCACAUCUCCAGACUGCAGCAGGCUCACAUGUGGAACAUGCCAGCGACCCCCCAUCAUCGCCCCAAGUCUCUGCCCCCUCUGAAACAAGUCUGGGACCUUAUGCAACACGAGCAAAAGAGACAUUUUGGAGCUAAAAGGUGUCCCCCACAGCUGAAGCGCCCUGUGCCCCCCUCAGAUGCUUCCGCACUCCAGCUGAGCCCCCACAAUCCCCAUGGAGGGGAGGAACAACCAAUGAAACGGAGAAGGAGCAGGAGCCCUGAACAGCAAAGGAGGGGGACCCCUGGCCUGCACUCUCCUCCAGCCUCCGUGGCUUCUGGGAGUUUGUACCAUCAAGCACCUGUGAAGCCCAAUGUUUGGAAUCCACUCACCCAUGUGCCCUGGGCUGAGCGCAGGGAGCGGCAGGAAUCCCGACCUCCCCACACGUCUUCUUACCCACCGUAUUGCCCUCCACGCCCUCUUCCUCCUCCCCCACCACUUCACCAGCAGCCCCGCCCUCCAAGUGACCUUAGUGAGGCUCGGGGACAGAGGUCUGCAGAGGUCAUCCCCCCAGCACCUCCCCCUCUCCAUGUGCCUUACGAUCACAGAAGACCCCGCGUCACCCCACCGAAUACCCAGAGGAAUGAUCUCACCUCUUCCUCUGAUUGCUACCAGAAUUCUGCAGACAGCCCAUCUAGAAACUGCCCUCCUCUUGUGGAACAGCUGGACUCCCCAAAAACCAUUUGUCAACCCCAGUUACCAGCUGUCUCCCGUCCUCCUCCUCCUCUGCAACAGGGAUGGCUGCCCCCCACAGCCAAAGAGGAGAUGAAGAAGGGAGACCCACUGGAGGAAAUUCUGUUUGGAGAUGGACCUACAAAGGUUAAACAGAAAGGGUAUUACCCAUCCUGUGACACUCAAAGAGAGGGCAAUGUCUACAACCACCAAACUCAGGGCAUUACCACCAGCAAAAUCAGGUCUGAGGCCUACCAGCCUGGAAGCCUGGAUCGUGUACUGCAGAAGAUUGAUGAAUCGGGGUUAAUUGCCCCAAAGAAGGAAGAGAAGAUGAAACCGGAAGUUAGAAAGCAUCCAAUGACCCCAGAGCUGGAUGUUGGAGGAAAUCAAUCAAGCCAUGGACUCUCUAGAGCUGAGGGCAGCUAUACUGGUGGGAAGGGAUCAUCCGAAAGUGAGGACAAAACUUCUUUCUGCACCUCUUUGGCCUCCCACCACAAAGAUAACUCAGGAAGCCUCCCCGUGCCAGGCUCAGUUACAUUACCAGCCAAGCCAAUGCCUAACCUGACUCGCAGGCCACUAAGUCCAAACUUGGCCUUCUCAGAGAGAACAGCAGCGUGUGGAAAGGAGAAGGAGCAACCCACUGGAUGCAACCAGCUCUUUGAAUUUCCCGGGGGGCAGCUGCACGAACCCUUUGAGGAAGCCGCAGAGUUUGCAAAAAUAUUACCUGACGGGCUUGAUGACAUCAUGAAAAUGCUUGAUGAGUCAAUAGAAAAGGAAGAGGAAGCGGUUGGGGAUUCUAGUGGAAAGGAUGAAAGUUCCUCCACUACAUCCAGCAGUCCACCAGCAGAGACCAUGCCAGCAUCCCAUCUAGUGAGCUCAAAGCAGACCACUGUUGUGAAAAAUCCCUUGCCAAAUGCCAAAACAGCAGAAGUCAGGCCAAGUGAAAUGUUCCCCUAUCACGGGCCUAAGAAAGCAAUGCUGGAGCAAGAAGCAAGCAAGGAGGCAAAGGCUGCACAACACAGGGGCAGCAGUGUUCUGAAAUCACUUGCAAAUGUUUUAGAGGGGCAGAAGUAUUGCUACCGAGCUGGCUCUGGGGUGAAGUCCACAGGUAACCCGGCAUACUUUACUGGUGCUAUGGUGAGCAAGCGUAAUGUUGACCCAUACGCUACGCAAACUACCUCACACCGGGCCUGGGACACCAAGCCAGGGACAGAAAUUGGGGCAGUUCCUACCUCAGAGGCUCUUAAACAAGGGGUAACCGAGAAAAGGGCAGGAGUGCGAACAGAGACUGACAUUCUGGAGGACAUUGCAAGAGCUUGUGAAACUUUGGUGGAGGGUACCAAGGGAUUGAUCUCCAGCAGAAUGGCAAAUGAGAGAGAAGAUGAGCCCAAAAAAUCAGAAAGGAUAGUUGACAGGAUGCCAGAUAUACAGCUGGGUGUGGAAAAAAGUGACUGCCGUUGGGAGGCACAUAAACAAGAAGGACCAGUUAAGCAGAAAGUAGAUUUUCAACAGAGAAGUGAUACACAGAAAGAAGUUUUUGAGAAGAAGUCAGAGGCUCCCUGGGGGACCAACAAGCAGGAGUGUAUUGAGAAGAAACUGGGGGGAGACAAAUCACGUGUCCCUGUUGAAAGGAAGCUUGAGACUUUGCAAGAGACCGAUGUGCAGGAUGGAGUUGCUGAAAUAAAGCAGGAAACCUCUUCUGGAAUAUUCAGGCAAGAAGUGGUAGAGAGGCAGGAGGUGGCUCUUGAGAGAGAAUCCAAAAAGUCAUUGAAGGGAUCAUCAGAGAAAAAAUGUCCCCCAUGUACGGCUGACUCCCCCUCAGGUACAGCCAGGGAAGAUCCCUCAAAACUACAAGGUGCUAAUGUUAAGGAGGCUGUAAAAGUGGAAGGGACAAAUAAGAGACUGCAAGGGGCAAAUGACCGAGAAUCACCAAAAAAGAACACCGAAUCACUGGUCCAGGGAGGGUUGAAUAAAAACAUGUCGGCUGAAUUAGCAAAAUUAAGUGCUGAUAUCAAGGACACUAAGUCAACUGAGGAAGCACCUGUGCCAGUAAUGGAGGCAGAAGAUGAUGGCACAAGAAGGGAGGCUGAAAAACCCAUUGAGAGGUUGACCAUUUCUCUGUCAGCCCCUGCUCGGAGCAAAGAGGAGAGCAGGAGGAGAGAGAGGAAGCACAGGAAGUCCAGGAGGGACCGUAGUAAGAAGGCAAAUGAACGCAGGUCUCUGAAGGACAAGGAAAGGCAAGUUCUGGGCAACCUGGAUCUCCAGAGCCAGUGCCGGGACACCACAAAUUCUACCCUUAAACAGGGUUCAAGGAAGUCAGAUACUGGUCGGCGAGGGUGCGAGGAAGCACAUCACCAUCAGGCUACCCCACCUACUGCCCCAACUUCCACACCACCUCUAACAUCCAAUGUCACGGCUAACUCUGACCUUCUAAAGAUGAGACCAUUCACUGAAGGGCCACCCAAAGAGCUAAAGAUCCGUCUCAUAAAGGUUGAAAGUGGCGACCGGGAGACUUUUAUAGCCUCAGAGGUAGAAGAGAAAAGGUUGCAGGCCAGCGAGCUGACCAUUAAUAACACCGCUGCGGAGAUUGUGAGGGCCACCAGGAAUAUGGUGCUAAAAGGGAAGUUCAAAGAGUCCUACGUGCUGCCCUCAAUGUCUGUGAAGCCGCCCGUGGGGACGGAGCAAAAUCUUCCACGAGAGAAGCUAAACCCGCCAACCCCUAGUAUAUAUCUGGAGAGUAAACGAGAUGCCUUCUCCCCUGUCCUGCUUCAGUUCUGCACCGACCCCAAAAAUCCUAUCACUGUAAUCCGUGGUUUGGCCGGAUCCCUGCGUCUCAACCUCGGACUCUUCUCCACCAAAACUCUAGUUGAUGCUAACGGGGAACACACGGUGGAGGUUCGCACUCAGGUACAGCAGCCAUCCAAUGAGAACUGGGACCCGUCCGGCACUCAGCAGGUCUGGCACUGUGAGAGUAGCCGUUCCCACACCACCAUCGCCAAAUAUGCACAGUAUCAGGCCUCCUCCUUCCAGGAGUCUCUGCAGGAGGACAAGGAAAGUGACGAUGACUCCAAUGAGCCAGAUAGUACAACGGAAAACCCACCCCCCAGCACAAACCAGGAGCACAAGACCCCACAGAUAAUCAAGUUUGGCACCAAUAUUGAUCUGUCUGAUCCCAAAAGGUGGAAACCUCAGUUACAGGAGCUACAGAAGUUACCUUCCUUCAUGCGUGUUGCAUCCAAUGCCAACAUGCUUAGUCACGUGGGCCAUACUAUACUUGGCAUGAACACCGUUCAGCUGUACAUGAAGGUUCCGGGCAGCAGGACCCCAGGUCACCAGGAGAAUAACAACUUCUGCUCUGUGAAUAUAAACAUUGGCCCCGGGGAUUGCGAAUGGUUUGCUGUGCAUGAAAAUUACUGGGAGAAAAUCAGCGACUUCUGCGACAAGCAUAAUCUGGACUACCUGACCGGAUCCUGGUGGCCAGUCCUGGAAGACCUGUUCCAUGCCAACAUCCCAGUUUAUAGGUUUGUUCAGCGCCCAGGAGACCUCGUGUGGAUCAACGCCGGGACAGUCCACUGGGUCCAGGCCACAGGCUGGUGCAACAACAUCGCGUGGAACGUGGGUCCUCUGACACCCUAUCAGUACCAGCUGGCCCUGGAGCGAUUUGAGUGGAAUGAAGUGAAGAACGUCAAAUCCAUUGUCCCCAUGAUCCAUGUGACCUGGAACGUGGCCCGGACCGUAAAAAUAAGUGAUCCGGACCUGUAUGGUAUGAUCAAGUACUGUCUCAUGCAGUCUAUAAAGCACUGCGUUUUGCAGAGGGACAGCCUGAGCAACCGCGGCAAGAAGAUCGCCUACCAGAGCAGAGUGAAAGAUGAACCCGCCUAUUACUGCAACGAGUGCGAUGUGGAGGUGUUUAACAUCUUGUUUGUGACCAGCGAGAGCGGAGGGAAGAACACUUACCUGGUGCACUGUGAGAGCUGCUCGCGCACCGCUAGUAACGGCAACGUCGUCAUCCUGGAGCAGUUCAAGGCGGAGGAGCUGAUGCAAAUAUACGACAACUUCCACCUGGCCCCACCUCCAAACUUCCGGUGAGUCUCCGCCCCCUUCCUAUGCUGUUCCUUCAACAGUCUCUACCCAUCUACCACCGAGCCAACCAAUCAAAACUCCCCUCCUGCCCGGUAUCAGGGAAGAGGGAGGGGGCGGUGCUUAUGCAAACCAGCUAAUCGCAGAAGAAAAGUUCACACAAUGGAGGGGAGUAAAUCACAGACCGGCAGCUUUUUGUCUCACUCUUCAGCCAAUUGCAGGCCUUGUUUACACAGAACCCGCCCCCCUCGCGGGAACAGCCAAUCAGGAUGCAGGAUCCGUUGUGUCCUUUUCGAAUUUUAUUAUUUCUUUUUUUGUUUUUGUAAUUUUAUCAGGAAUAUUUAUUCUGAAAUCUUGAAUCUUGUGACUUUGGGGGCUUUAUCGGGGGAGGUGGGCUUGUAUUCAUUUGUGGGAUAUUUUUGUGGGGUUUUUUCGUUGCAGGUGGGGAACACUGCAUGGGUUUUAUUUUUUAAAGAAACUUUAAAUUAAGUUUAGAGUGGUGCUCUGCUUUUCAACUAGUACAGGGGGAGAUCGAGGCCUCGCGCGGCCUUCUCUCUCUGCUGAGAGUCUUACAGUGGGGGCAUUGUCUAUAAGCUUGUGUGGGGGGCAACUCCUGGGGGUGACUGUGAGACACAUGGUGGAUCUUGUGGUAUUCUAACUCUGACUGCAGCAUGAGUGGAGUGCUGUUGUCUAGUCUUA